CGUUACGGUAACCAGGAGGGGAGGACGACGAGCGAGCUCAAUCGGACGGGACGUUCGCGGCGAAGCAGCUAGCUAGCUCACUGGUUGUUGCCUCCGAUGAAGAAAAUCGCUCUCCGUGCAAAACUGUCGAAAGAUGUCUGCUGUGUCACAAUUCAUGUUUAAAAUGUAUCCACCAAUCACUGUAGCGACCGAGUGCUUGAAUUAAGGACCCAGCCGGGCAAUAUAGUUUUCACAGCGGAGCAGUUAGGUCUAUUUUUGACUAGACAGACAGUAAACAAAGGUCACUGCACUGGAAGUACAUUAGCGAGGGGGCUGGACUACGGAAGCCGUUUGAGGAAGGUUACGAAACCAGGAAGGGAUCAUCUGGAGGCACGUUCACGUUUAUUUGCUUUCAAAGCAAAACUAUGUCUUUAGUCAUUAUAGUAGGCCUUUCUAACAACUUUACGGUUAGCGGUACUUAUCUCUAUUGAUAUUUUUAUUUUAAGGAAACGCCUCUGUAGCGUCGCUCAGUAACUCAUUCACCAAGGUCACAAGUAGCAGUGGAUGUGGUGGGCGAUAACCCCUCAGCACAUGUGAUUAUAGUACGUUUAAAAGGCAGGAUUGCACGCUGAAAUAUGGCUGGACUUAUAAACUUCGAAGAUGAGAAUGAAGUGAAGCAGUUUUUGGACAAUUUGGGAGUGGAGUACAGCUUCCAGUGUCACAAAGAAAAGGAUCCUGAAGGGUGCCAAAGGCUCGCAGACUACCUGGAAGGGGUGAAGAAAAACUAUGAAUCUGCAGCACAAGUGCUCAAACAUAACUGUGAAACGAAUGGUCAUGGAGAAAGCUGUUAUAAACUGGGGGCCUACCAUGUCACAGGCAAAGGUGGAGUGACUGAAUGUCUGAAAACAGCCUACUCCUGCUUUAUGCGCUCCUGCAAUGCCGGAGGGAAGAAGACUAUAGAUGCCUGCCAUAACGUAGGUUUAUUAGCCCACGAUGGACGAGCUAUGGAGGGAGCACCCGACCUUACAGCAGCUCGGCAGUACUACGAGAAGGCCUGCGCUGGUGGCUUCGCUCCUUCCUGUUUUAACCUCAGUGCUAUGUACAUUGAGGGCAAUUCCAAAGGGCUGGCGCCAGAUAUGACUCUAGCUUUGAAGUACGCUAACAGGGCUUGUGACCUGGGACAUGUGUGGGGCUGCGCCAAUGCAAGUCGUAUGUACAAACUUGGGGAUGGCACAGAGAAGGAUGAGAAGAGAGCAGAGGAGCUGAAGAAUCGAGCGAGGGAGCUGCACGGUUUAGAAAAGGAAAGGCAGCUCAAAUUUGGGGAGUGAAUGUGACACAUAUGAUUAAAUUAUUGUUGUUGUUUGUGGGAACACGUCUAUGUGUGCACAAACUAAACCUGUUCAGGUGGUUCAAAGGUGGGAGAUGAUCUGUUUAAAAGACGUUAAAUGGACACAUUUGUCUCAUUUAUGUAGAUGGUGAAAUUCAGGGAUCUACAAAAACUUGACUGUAUAGGUAGAUUUCAGACAAAUGCACAAUAUAAAUGUAAAAGCAAUAAAAUGAAUCGUUAUUCAUU